AUGGACUUCUCUAAUCUGCCUGCCUUCCCUGUGGCCGCGAAUAACCCAAUGUACUCUCCCAACAGCGAUGCCUUCCCAUCACCAGACGAAAUCGACGCUUACCUCACGGAGUCAUAUCCCGCACUUUCCGACUAUGGUUUCAAUACCUACGACAGCAGGAGCGGCCAGUGCUUCAACCGAUCCAUCACGCCAGGGGCCCGAGAUGUCAAUUGGAGUGCACCGGCACCCAGCAGCUACGUCAGCACACCAUCACUUGUCAGUGCAACGAGCGCAGGCGGUGAAGCUCCUCUGAACGCAUGGCCGAAUUACAGCUCAACGCCCUUGAGCUGCCCAGCCGAUUUCCAACACGCCUACACUGCAACCGACUUCCCCAACGGCUAUCCGUCCAACCCCUCUCCCUUACCGACGCCGCCCACUGGCCACGGCAGCCCAAUAUCCCUAUCGCCCACCGCACACCACGGCAUCUCUCCCGAGGACACCUCACUCAAGCCACCUGCUCCACGCAAACGAGGCCGACCUCGCAUCCACCGCCCCGCCUCUGAGCCGACCGCGACUACUACCGCCAAAAUCGCCCGGACACAAUGCAUGCCCCACACCGAAGUCGAGCGCAAGUACCGCGAAAAGCUCAAUGCAGAGCUAGAGCGACUACGUCGGGCUGUGCCCAUGUUACCGCAGAGUGAUGCCACGGAUACAGGCGCAGUGAAGCCCAGUAAGAGCAUGGUGCUGGCAGUGGCCAUCGACUACAUUAAAGAGUUGGAGCGACAACGAGAUGCAGCCGUCGAAGAGGUAGAGAGACUAGGAGGCAAGAUGAGGUUUGGAAGGGCGGGGGUUAGGAAAAGGGAGGAUGGGGAUGCUUGA